AUCAACCGACUGAGUGUGUGCACGUAGGUGGCGUCAUCAUCAUGCACGCACCAUUGGGCGACAACACGUACGUGACUGUCUGUGGACUGUGCGCGGCAAGGCCGAGCAUGUGAACGGGCAGCCUCGUGCGAAUGAAGGAGAGACAGCCACACUAUGAACAGAAGGAUAAAACGACGACUGUCAUCACUACUGUUAAUACUGUUGAUAUCAUUUCUGUGUUUUUCGACUCUGACGUGCAUUGUUGGCAUCGAAACGUUGGUGUCAGUUUAUAAGGAUACAUUUGAUAAAGAUUACAGAGCCUGCACGAAUCGGAUACGAUCGUAUGUGCAAAGCGAACAUUUGAAACUCUUCCUCACACUCUCUCAUCAUGGUCGCCUUGGAAACUGGAUGUUUGCAUACGCAUCCUUGCUGGGCAUUGCAGCAAAAAAUAAGCGGGAGGCGUACAUACGUUAUUCGCAUCCUCUUGCCCAGUAUUUCAACAUACGACGGACACGCAUGGAACAUGCGCAGUGUGUCCGGCCUGUGUCAGACCCCACGCCGUGCACAUAUGACAAGAAAUUCGAGACACUACCGACAAUGAACAUCACAAUAGAUGGAUUUGUUCAAUCCUGGAAAUAUUUCGCUGGCCUCGAAACAACGAUACGAAAAGAGUUCGUAUUCAAGGAACAUAUACGCAACGAGGCUGCGAGGACAUUCAGGACGUAUUUACAUGGUACGAGUAGUCCCUUGACUGUGUGUGUUCACGUCAGGCGGACUGACAUGCUUAUACCAGGCGCGGUUAAACUUGGAUUCAAGGAGGCACCAAAGUCGUACAUUGUGAACGCCAUGGAAUACAUGAGAAGGAAGUUCGGCUCGGUUAAAUUUAUUUUCAUAUCCGAUGAUACGCCAUGGUGUAGGGCCAACUUUCAAUCCCCUGACGUCGUAGUCACUGAACGUGCUUCUCAAGAAGUCCAUCUCUCGAUGUUAACGAUGUGUAAUCACAGCAUCAUCACCACCGGGACGUACGGCUGGUGGGGUGCAUGGCUGGCAGGGGGGACGGUGGUGUACUACAAGGAUUUUCCUAUCCCUGGGACUAUCAUUGACCGUCAGUUCACAUCUGAAGAUUUCUUCCUCCCGGGCUGGGUGGGGCUGGGUGGAUGAAUGGCGUUUCAUUUUGGAUGGAACUUUUAUAACACGAAGGUCGGGUGUUUCGUGUUUUAGUUUGGUGAAUAUGUCAGUUAUAGCAUGGUCUGGCGUUUCAUUUGGGAUAUAUCAGCUGUAACACCAAGGUCAGACCUGGGGACGAGUUGGUUGGUUGGUGGGUUUGUUGUUUAACGCCGCACUCAGCAAUAUUCCAGCUAUAUGACGUCGGUCUGUAAAUAAUCAAGUCUGGACCAGACAAUCCAGUGAUUUAUAUCAUGAGCAGCAAUCUUUGGACUUGUUUAACACCUAUUCAAGCUAUACGACCACAGUCUGUAAAUAAUCGAGUCUGGACCAAACAAUCCAGUGAUUGACAUCAUGAGCAUCGAUCCACGCAAUUGGGAUCGAUGACGUGCAUCAACCAAGUCAGCGAGCCUGACCACCCGAUCCCGUUAGUCGCCUCUUGCGACAAGCAUAGUCGCCUUUUACGGCAAACAUGGGUUGCCGAAGACCUAUUCUACCCCGGAUGUUCACGGGUCUGGGGACAAGUCAUUGAGAAAGGAUAUGAAACGUCUACCCACCAUGAGCAUAAUACCUGGAAGCCGUGGGUUAAUACUAGACAGAUUGAUAACAUGGCAUUAGAGACCACAGGCAGGAAAUCUGGGUACAGGCUGUUCAGAUGAACUAGGAAUACCUAGUGUUUUUUCUCAUGUUACUGGUACCGACUCUUCACCUCAACUUUAAUAAAAUAAUCGUUUACGUUU